AUGCCUUCAUUUGUUGAUUACGAUGAGUCAACCGUUGACUAUUGGGAGCCAGAUGAGCGCAACAACAUUUGCAUGUCACAGACCCACUUCUCCAAGCCAUUGCUUCUCAGCUCAUCCAAUCCAACCCACCAGAUCCCUACUCUUGCCAUCCCAAACUCCGCCACUGAAACCCUCAACCCACCCACAAAUUCUACACCCAAAGCUCGUUUGCACCAACAAGAACAGCAAGAAGAACAGCAGCUGCACGCCCACUCAAUUACCUCCUCCCUCCUCUCCCGCAUCGAAGCCCUCGAAGCCUCUCUUCACCGCUACUCUUCCUAUCGUUCUCAGUCUUCGUAUUCGCGCUCUCUCAGAGACUCAGCUGCUCGAGUUAUUCAAACCCACUUCCGUGCCUUCCUUGUUCGCAGAUCACGAACCCUCAGGCAGCUCAAAGACCUCGCCUUUAUCAAGUCUGCUUUCAACUCUCUCAAAUCCUCCAUUUCCAAUGAUACCCACUUCGAUUUUCACGCCGUUUCUCAAAAAGCCAUCGACUUGCUUCUUAAGCUGGACUCUAUUCAGUGUGGUGAUCCGAUUGUUAGGGACGGAAAAAGGUCUAUUAGCAGAGAUUUGGUUCGGUUCAUGGAGUUCAUUGAUGGGGUUGUCAUGAAAAGGCAUGGGCUUUCACUGAAAGCAGUGAAGAAUGCGAGGUUUGGUCAAAAUGUUAACAAAUCUAGGGUUUUGCCCACCAAGUGUGAUGAUUUGGGAAGGGAUCAGAGGGAAAUGAUUGGUAAAUUGAGGGAUAGAAUUGAGAAGAUUCGUGGGUUUGCUAGAGUUUCUGAGAAUGAUGAGGAAGAUGUGGAGCUUGAAGGGUUUCAACAUGUCAGUGAUGAAGAUGAAGAAAACCUUAUGACUCGAUUUAAAAAUGGGGUAUUGGUGAAAAGGCAUGGGCUUCAACCUAAGGUGAAGAAAAAUGUGAGCUUUGCAGAGAAUGGGAAUGUGUAUAGGGUCUUUAGCAACUCUGAUGAACCAGUUUCAAGUGGAGAUGGGAGUGAUUCUAGUGAUGAUCAUGGAGAGCUUGUGGAGAACCUUCGCAGUGAGGUUGAAGAUGUUAAGGGCUUUGCUCAGGAGACUGAGGAUGAUGAUGAGGCACACACCGAGAAUGAUGGAUCACCGCAGGCCAGUGAUGGAGAAAGAAACCCCAGAGCCAGAAUGACUCAGAGAAGAGAAGACAUCUAUGAAACCAAAGUCCAUGAUCUGGGCCGGAAUGGUUAUUUGCUAUUCUCUGCUCCUUUGCCUGUGAAGAUGGAGUCUAAAGCAGAUAUCAUAAAGAGAAACAAGGCUGUGAAACUAGUAAAAUGAAGGGCUGUAACCUGAAUUUAUGUUUUAGGUUCUCCAAAUUUUUUGUGGCUAUGGGGGUGGAUAUUAGGUCUUCGCAAUUGUAUUUUCCACAAAUGUUUCUGAUUAUUAGGUUAGAUUGAUUAGAAGAUCACCAUGAAAUAGAUGUGUAGUGUUUGUCCGACCCUUCCUGUCUACUGCUGAGAGAGGGGGUACCAUAUCUAUUCUGCAGAUGUAACCAUACCCCUGAAGAUUCUAUGUUUUUUGGAUGAUGACUUUAACCAAGUUUCUUUUGCAAUGUUGACUUAUGAAUAGGGCUUACA